GGUGGGUUUAGAGUCGGAGUGUGAGGCAGUCUGUGAGGGAGCAGGGCUGGAGUGCGUUUCUCCGCAGCAGUAGCAGCAGCAGCAGCAUCGCUGUGUAUGUGUGUGUGUGUGUAUGUUAAUGUGUGUGUGAGACAGAGAGAGAGGGAGAUAGAGAGACCCUGAGUGUUCCAAGGUGAUUUUACUGCUGGAUGAAGUGGACUCCAGGCCGAAUCCCCAGCCUCGCCUGAUGGAGCCAGCCCACUCUCCCAGCCCCUCCGCGAGGAUACGGACGCCAGCGAGCCCAGGAACACCGGCCACGAGCAAGAUGUAACACGCACAUUCCACGCAGAGGCUUCUCCAAUUCUCAGAGGACGCUUUAAGGAAAAGGAGGCAACAUAUGUAAAUGUGUCAUAUCUUCUUUAAAAAUAAACAAGGAAGGAACAAACGCAGACACAGAGGAGACGGCAGAUUGUUUCACCUGAACAAUGAGGGAAAACAAUGAACGACUAAAGUGAAAUCAACAGUCGGCUGUCAAUCGUGGAACUGGGAGACACCACACGGGAUUUUUUUUUUCUGGAAAAAUCGCUGGAAUCUGGAAUUAUACUCUUUUGGAUUACAGGAAGGGUCAUGACCCAGUUGCCAUGCGUAUCGCCACGGUGACCGGCCUUCCUAGCCCCUCCCCCCUCUUCCUCCUGCUGGCCCAGGUGUUGCUGUGGCUCCUCCUCCUUGGCCAAGAGGUAGCAGGAGCCACGUCUACCUGCCCCACGUCGUGCAGCUGCUCCAAUCAGGCCAGUCGAGUGAUCUGUACGAGGCAGAGCCUGGACGAGGUUCCUGAGAAUAUAUCCAACAACACGCGAUACCUCAACUUACAGGAGAAUUCCAUACAGGUGAUUAGAUCGGAUACCUUCAAGCACUUGCGGCACCUGGAGAUCCUCCAGCUUUCCAAGAAUCAAAUCCGGCAGAUCGAGGUUGGCGCAUUCAAUGGCCUCCCGAACCUCAACACACUGGAACUGUUUGACAACCGACUCACGCUGGUACCAUCACAGGCUUUUGAGUACCUCAGCAAGCUGCGGGAGCUCUGGCUUCGCAACAAUCCUAUCGAGACGCUGCCGGGCUACGCCUUCCACCGGGUGCCCUCCCUUCGUCGCCUCGACCUGGGAGAGCUCAAGAAGCUGGAUUAUAUUUCAGACGCUGCCUUUGUCGGCCUCAUCAAUCUGCGCUACCUAAACUUGGGAAUGUGCGGCCUGAAGGAUAUCCCCAACUUGACGCCCCUGGUUCGACUUGAGGAACUUGAGCUUUCUGGAAACAGGCUGGAGAUCAUAAGACCUGGAUCUUUUCAGGGUUUGGAGUCUUUGCGCAAACUGUGGCUCAUGCAUUCUCAAAUGACCGUCAUUGAGCGCAAUGCAUUUGAUGAUCUCAAGAGCCUUGAGGAGCUAAACUUGUCUCACAAUUCUCUUCACUCUCUGCCCCAUGACCUCUUCACGCCCUUGCAGAAGCUGGAAAGAGUGCAUCUCAACCACAAUCCCUGGGUUUGUAAUUGUGAUGUGCUGUGGCUCAGCUGGUGGCUGAAGGAAACAGUACCCAGCAACACCACUUGUUGCGCCCGGUGCCACGCACCACCCUAUUUAAAGGGGAAGUACAUUGGCGAGCUUGACCAGAGUCAUUUCACCUGCUAUGCCCCCGUCAUUGUUGAGCCACCCACUGACCUCAAUGUGACCGAGGGCAUGGCUGCUGAGCUCAAGUGCCGCACUGGAACCUCCAUGACCUCUGUCAACUGGAUCACGCCCAAUGGUACCCUGAUGACCCAUGGAUCGUACCGUGUCCGAAUCUCUGUGCUGCACGACGGAACGCUAAACUUCACCAAUGUCACAUUGCGCGAUACAGGCCAGUACACCUGUAUGGUGACCAACUCGGCGGGGAACACAACAGCAACAGCUGUCCUGAAUGUCACUGCAGCUGACGCCAGUGUGAACUACACCUACUUCACCACUGUAACUGUGGAAACUGUGGAAUCCACAGGCGAUGAAGAUUCGGCCUUGCGUUCAAUCAAUGAGACCAUCAUCCACAUCCCUGGUCCAACACCUUCUGGGCGUCUUUGGCACGAUGUAAUCCCGACCACUGCUUCAUCUCUGUCGGUUUUCGGCUCAUCUUCUUCUCCCCGUGCAACCAAACCAACCUUUACUGUCCCGGUCUCUGAACCAAGUUACCCUUCUGGCCUGGAUGACGUGAUGAAGACCACCAAGAUCAUCAUUGGCUGCUUUGUGGCGAUCACUUUCAUGGCAGCUGUGAUGCUGGUGGUUUUCUACAAGCUUCGGAAACAACACCAGCUCCACAAGCACCACGGACCAGCACGAGCCAUCGAGAUCAUCAAUGUGGAGGAUGAGAUUGGAGCUGGGGCCAGCGUUCGAGGCAGCGGCAUCAGCGGCGGCUCAACCGUGCCCCAGGUAGGAUCUGGAGGAGGGAGCUUACGGCUGCACCACCCAGAGAUUGUCAACUUGCCCAACCUUGCUCGGGCGGAGCACCUCAACCACUACUACAAGCCCCACCAUUUCAACAACAACAUGAUGGGCCUGAGCCUCUCUGGAGGCUCUGGAGUUGGCCUCAACAACAACAACAACCCUUCCCCUUGCUCCCAGUCCCAACCCACACCUAUCUCUUGUGCACAGAUGCCCAUUUCUGUGGGCACCUUACCAUGCUCCAUUCCCUCCUCGAUGCCCCUGCCCAACCUUGGGCUCCACGGCUCACUCAAAGGCCUGAUAGGUAAAGGGCAGAACCCUCAGAUCGAGCCCCUACUCUUCAAGAGUGGCUCUAAGGAGAACGUCCAAGAGACUCAGAUCUAAAACAGGAAGAGAGUGAGAGUGAGAGUGUGUGUGAAAGAGAGAGAGAGAAAAAUAUAGAGAGAAUGAAGAUUAGGGAGAUGAAAAGAGGGAAGAAAAAUGGAGGGAUAGCAUCAAGAAGACAGUAACAGAUGAAGGGCACUGGCUGUUCAGCCCCCGUGGGUAUGUUCUCAGGAGUAACGAGCGAGGUAGACCCAGCAUUGUAUGACAUAUUACCUACACAGGAAUAAGACAUAGCUGUGAAUCGCUACAAAGCCAGCACAACAAUGACACAGAGAGGGAGAACGAGAGCGAGGAAGACAAGAUGACCACACUGCGGUUAGGAUAACACUUUCUUUUCCGAACAUCAGGAACUCGCACUCCGAUCAAUUUCAAAACAUCAGGCUCGCAAAGCGUCGAUACAGUACCAACACAUUUUGAAUAGGAUCAGUUCCACGAGCCAAACGUGCACAUAUCUGUGCCAAAGUGAAAAUGCGCAUCAGCAUCACGAUAGCAUGUCUGCAAACACUAUCGCACAGAAAGAGUUAAGAGCUGAUCGUAGAGAACAGUGUCAGACACUUGGUGUAACAACACUUCUUAGUGCUUAGUUCUGUGCUGAGAUGUUCAGAGAAGAAUAUACAGUGCAAUGCAGGAGAUUUUUAGGAGAAAUAUAUAAACAAAAUGAGAGGAGAUAGAUGUUACAUGUACAGAAUGUAAGCAGAUAGGAAAGAGAUAGACAUCAUCUGUGCAAGCAUUAAAAGCAUUCUAGGAGAAAGGAACUACAGAAAGCAAUGAUUAGCCUAUCAUUUCGUUCUAAACCGAGGUUCGGUUCAGUAGUGUUCAGAGAACGGCUUCAGAGGACGGUGGAUUAGACAGACCAGCACUGUGUUGAGGGCUUGUGUUUUGUUCUGAUGAUGGACUCUGCCAUAUUCUCACUUUCUCCCCCACCCUUUAACACCUUCACGAGGAGGUGGAAGGAAACGAGAGAGGAAGGAAAGGAAAAAAAGACAAAUUCAAGACUUUCGACAUUUUUUUGUUUUGUUUUAUUUUUUUUUUUAUAAAAGAACCUAAAAGGGCAUAAGACGAUGAUCUAAAAAGAGAAUUCUAAAGAGAAAAGAUUAAUAAUAAACUGUGAAAGUAUACACAAUAUAUAAAUCUAUUUUCAUUCAGAGAGAUAAAUUAUAAAAAAAAACUUUAAAUUUCUUUUUUUUGUUCGUUUUUUCUUUUGCUUUUUUUUCUGAAACACUGAAAGCCACGGCUUUUGAAGAAUCAAGCUGCAGCUGCAGUCGUAGCUGCACUUUGACACUGGGAGAAACCUUAUUUUAUGUUGGCUUACGAACAGUCAACGAUGCCCGUCUGUGGGACACCAGACGGUCGCAUUCACGGGCGAAGGGGUGGGGGGGGGUU